CGAGUGAAAAAUUUCUUUCGAUUUUGAGGAAGACCCGUGAGAGUGAAAGCAAUACUCCAGACAAAGUGAAAAUGGUGGAGGAAGACGAAGAAGAGGGUUGCCAUUGGGUUGCCAUUGGACCUGCAGUUAUAACAUCAACACAAACAACAAGGGUCGAGAAGGUGGUUAGGGUUCGCGAAAGAAGAAAACGUCAAUGCUGGAAAAGAUGGUUAUGCCUUCGCGCGAAAGAAGAAAACGUCAAUGCAGAAGACGGACGUACAAGACAACGAGAAGGUGAGUCUUUAGGGUUUAGCGAGAAGGUUAGUCUUUGAAUACCAGAAAGAUAAGAGAACUGAGAGAUGAGGAAAUGCGAGAUGACAUACGAAAGCGAAAGUGCGAAAUGUAAAGGAAAGAAGAAGCGAAGCGCGAAAUGAAAUUUCGUAUUUUUUUUCUUCCCAUAAUCCCUUGCCUGAUCAAUUGCAUAUUAAUUUAUUUUUUUAAACAUCAGCCAAUGGACAACCGCCACGUGGUUUGUCAAAACUGCGUAAAAAAACGUUGUUAAAUAAGCGUUUUCCAAAAAAUAAUUACAUGUGUUUUGAAAAAAAGUAGGCUGGCAUGGUUAAAGAGUGGCCACUGCACGAACUUUCCCGCUCCCACGUUCCUGUUAAAUAUUGGUACCCACUAACUCCAUAUUACGCUCAAAAUGUUUCUGGUAGGUUGGUUCAACCUGUAACUGCUAUCUCCUACUUCAAUCGUUCCAGGUCACAAAAAUGCAGAGAAAGUUUCACUCUCUUGUCAAGGACAAAGCCAAUGCUAGUGCUGAUGGCAGCGAUAACAGGGGUACAGGGUUUAUGUGUGGAAGUCGGUUCUCAAGAAAAUCAGUUGGGUCGGCAUUUUCUUGUAUGCUUGCAAACAAGGGACCACCUGGCAAGCAUGCUUCCAAAGUGAAGAAAAAAGAGCUUUUUGGUGACUCAGGAAAUGGAAAGGUCUCAUUUGGGGACGAACCAGUUAAAGUUCCAUUUUCUAAACUUCUUGCACUGGAGGAGACUGAUCGAUCUGGUGAAGUAAGGCUGAACAGCAAGGAUAGGGAAGAUGUGAAAAUGAAGCUUCCUUUGUUGAGUUUUCUAUAUAAGAAGAAAGGAUGGAACAAUUUCACUAGGGCUGGGUUUAGCAGUAAUGAGGAUGGUGACAACAAUGAUGUUAUCAGGUUCAGGCAAGUGAGGAGGAAACUAAGCUUACGCCACUUGUUUAGGAUUCCCUCCAAAAUACUGCUCUUUCGCCUCAAGCUGAAGUUGACAAAGUUUCAGGUUAAAAAGAAAGCGACAAAGCAGUUUGAACAAGCCGAGGAUGAUGAAGAUGAAGAUAGAGAACUAUGCAAGAAGAGGAUUCUGAUGGGAGGGAGAUGCAGGCCGUUGAGUUCGCCAGGUUACAAAGAGAUGUAUAGUAGUUCCUGGACAAGGGCACAACGCCAUCACUGAUCCCCGUGGUUUGGAUUGUUUUUCUCUCUUUUUCCUUUCAACUAAUCUUUAGAGAUAUAUCGUGUAUUAUUUUCCUUUUAUUCGUCAAUAUCGUUAACAAAAUUUCGUAUUUUGGCCUUUAGAAUGUAUUAUUUUGUACCUGGUAAUCGGUUCUCCACUCGUUAGCGCAAUCUUAUCCUUCUCUUUCUUUCUCUUGUGUAAAGAAUCGUUACAUUUUUCACUUCGUCAAUAACGAGCCAUGCCAUUUUUUAGCUGUACACUGAAGCCAUGCAUGUAACAACUUAGGUAGGGAGUUAGGAUUUAAAUAGAAAAUUUUCCAUUGCAAUUCCAAUGGGCAAAUAAAAUUCUUUAUUUCAUGUUUUCUUAUAAAUCACCCGAAAUUUAAAAUUUCCCCCAAAAUCCUCAAAUGAAUGCUAGCGAUAUUCAACCUAUAAAUAUGAUUGAAACAAGGCUGCUAAAAGUUUCUGU